AUGGAGCUCGACCAAGAUGGCAAGACCGCGCAUUCGACGCCGCCCAAUGCCUCUGAUGUCGACAGCAAGGCGACUGAACGCGACUCGCUCGUGACGGUUCGCCUGUCGGAGCCGUCGGAGCCGUCGUCGCCUACGCUCACGGCCACUCCCAAGCCAGCUCCCGUCAGGACGCUCACGGGACAAACAGUUACCGCCGACAUGCCCCCACCGACACCGAGCACCAUAACCGAUGAUAGCGAUUCCGAAAUCUUUGAACCAGCCAGGCGGCAGUUGAAUACUAUUCCGAGGGAGAUUGGGAAGACGGGCGAGGAAGGCCAGCGCGAGUCGUGGCCGAGCGAAGAGGAGGAUGAGGCGGUUGAUUGGGAGGGUCUGCAGAAGAAGGAGGAUAUGGAGAGUAAGACGCAGAGGCUGGAUCAUUCUACCGCUUCGCUGCUGGCCAAGCUGGAGCAGGAAAACGAAAAGAUCGCCAAGGCAAAGGCCAAUAAGCCCAUUGACAAGCGUCUCCCCCGCGACGGACAGCCGCGCCCGCCGUCAAUGGCCCAGCUGCGCCGGCUGGUCAACGGACCACAGCCCCCAGCGCUGCGCUACUCGACCCUGCCACCGACACCUAUGACCGAGCUCGAUUUCUAUCUGGCCCUCGUGAAGGAUCCCAAGCAGACAGCGGCGCGCCUGCCGACCCUACUCACAAAUAAGAUUCGCCGAGGUAUUCCCCCGCCGCUGCGCGGUGUCGUGUGGGAGAGCAUGGCCGGCGCUCGGGAUCCCGACCUGCAGGAGGUUUUCAUGCGCCUGUCUGGCGAAUCGAGCCCAUACGAGUGUGUCAUUAGCAAGGACCUCGGCCGCACAUUCCCUGGUGUCGAAAUGUUCCGCGACCCGGACGGCGACGGCCAGCGGAUGCUGGGCCGCGUGCUGAAGUGCUUCAGUCUCUACGACAAGGAGAUCGGGUAUUGCCAGGGUCUGGCGUUCCUGGUUGCGCCGCUGCUGAUGCACAUGCCGGAUAAGCAGGCGUUUUGCGUCUUGGUGAAGCUGUUCCAGGACGACGAUCUUCGCCAGUGCUUCGUACCCGACCUGGCGGGCCUGAAGAAGAUCAUCUUCCAGUUUCGAGAGCUGCUCAAGGAGGUGCUUCCAGCGGUUGCUACACACCUGGAGGAGCAUCACGUCGAGCUGGCGGUGCUCUCGCAGUGGUUUCUGGGCGUCUUUGGCGUGACCUGCCCCCUGCCCAUGCUGUUUCGCAUCUACGACGUGAUUUUUGCCGAAGGCUACCUCCUCACCGUCAUGCGGGUAUCGCUGUCGCUUAUGCAAAAGAAUCAGGCGCGCAUCCUGGCCUGCAGCGAGAUGGAAGACGUGGUGCGCCUGCUGCUGUCGCGCGGGCUGUGGGAUUGUUACGGCUACAACGCUGACGCCUUUGUCAAUGACUUCACGUCUUUGUCGGACAUCGUGACCAAGGAUCGGCUGGCCGCCUUGGAGCAAGGGUACCGAGAGAGCUCGGCAGCCAAUCCUCGCGGCUUUACGGAUGCGGCACAAGCCAGCGCAUCCCGCUUCUUGGGUCGCCUGUGGUCUGCGGGCACGGCUGCCCUGACGCCGAAAUCUGGCGCCACAUUUGCGACACCAACAACGUCAACUCCACCUGCCACCUCCCUGAAGAACGGCGCUAACUCCAACGCCAACAACCACGCCACUUCUUCCACUACGAAUGCAACAUCGCGCCCGCUGAGCAUGCUUCGGCGCAGCACAUCCAAACAGAGUCUUUCUUCGAUGGAAGUUUCGUCGUCGUCCACCAGCAGCUCGUCCGCCGCCAGCGUCUUCAGUUCGGCCACGUCCCUCUCCCGCGACAGCGCCGCCGAUGAGCCGCCCACCACUCCGGCCACCUUGCACGCCCCGUUCGCCGCGUCCAAGGACAGCAAUAAGGCGCUACACAGCCAGAUCGAAGAUCUCCUGACCGCGCUGAGCGAGCUGCAACGCAAUCACGCACUGUUGACCAGUCAAUUGCAGCGCGAGCGAGAAGAGCGCGAGGAGGAUCGGCGCGCCGUGCGCAGCUUACUGGAUGGCCUGCGCAGGCGCGCCAGCGUCGCCAACGGCGAAACGCCGCCUGAUGAGGAAGCGACGUCGCAGCCCGAGCCGACGGCCGAACAGCUUUCGGAUUUGUUGACGCUCGUCGAGGAGCGAUUCUCCGCCGACCCGCCGCCGUCUGAUCCCGAGACGAAGACGCAACUCCGAGAAGAAAUUUCGCGUUUGAAAGAUGACAUCGCCGCCGAGCGCGCGCGCUGCAAGGAUCUCGACCGUCGCGUGCAGGAACUUGAGCAAGAAGUAUCGUCGAUGCGCGAACAGCUUCGCGAAAGCCAUGCGCACGUGAGAAAUAUGCACCAGGAAAAGAUGCGGUUAGAGCGACAGAUCCACACCAUGCGGCUGCGCGCCUCGGACAGCGGGACAUCAGGCUCGUCUGGGACGUCAGAAUGGUUCCCGACCCUAGGCCGCAGCAGCACCAGCGGCAGCACAAGCAGUAACACGUCAGGCCUGCGCGAGCUGAAGCUGGCUAGGAGCCGGUCGAUCCCGUCGCAGGGUGUGACCGUGCCGUCGACGAAGAGGGCAUCCUCGCUGACGGUCCAGCAGCGUAAGAAGAGCAGCGAGUCGUUGGUCUCGCUGGCGGCGACGUCCUCUGUUGCGGGAGUGACGACGUCCUCUUCUGCUCCGGCGGUGCAGCCGACUUCGGAGCAGGACGCGCUACUGCUAGAGCUGGCGCAGGCGAAGGCUGCUGAGGCCGUCGCGAAGCAGGAGUUGGAGGAGGUUAGGAGGCAGUUAGAGCAGUUGAAGCGGGAGGUGCAGACGCAUAAUCAUGGUGGUGCUGGUAAUGGUGUUGGUGUUGGUGUUGGCGGGGGACUGUUUGGGCGGUUGACAGGAUCGAGUAGUAUGGCGAGUGUGGCGACGAGCUGGGGCGAGCAGAGUCCUAAAGGGACGACGGUCUUGUCAGGUGGUGGGGGGACGGGAGGGGGAGGAGGUGGGGGGGUUUUGGGGGUGGAGGAGUGCUCCGGUUGGCAAGAUUCGCUUCCCGCCAAGCACAUAAAACUCCACCGCGCUACCGCGGCCAAGGCUAAGAACGGCGUCAUCAAUCAACCUCUUGCAGCGGCGCUAGCGUUGUGA